AUGGCCAACCCCAGAGUCGAAGAGCUUCCGGAUGACGAGACCAAGAAGGUCACCGUCGAGGAGCUUGACGAUGAUAGCAGCGAUGAGUCCGAGAUUGAGGCCGGUGACUCGAGCCUCCCCGCCGGUUCGACCGCCGUGAUCCACUCUAGGAACGAGAAGAAGGCUCGCAAGGCCAUGGAGAAGCUGCACCUUACCCGUGUACCAGGCAUCACCCGCGUCACUCUGAGACGCCCCAAGAAUAUCCUCUUCGUUAUCAACAACCCAGAGGUGUACAAGUCUCCUAACAGCAACACGUACAUCGUCUUUGGUGAGGCCAAGAUUGAGGAUCUUAACGCCAGUGCCCAGGCCGCCGCUGCUCAGCAGCUUGCCAGCCAGACUGGCGAGCACGACCACGCCGGCCACGACCACGCCGGCCACAGCCACAGCCACGACCACGAGAAGGAGGAGGACGACGACGACGGCGAGGAGGUUGACGCCGAGGGCAUUGAAGACAAGGAUAUUGAGCUUGUCAUGGCCCAGGCGAGCGUCUCCCGCAAGAAGGCCAUCAAGGCACUUAAGGAGAACGACAACGACAUAGUGAACUCGAUUAUGGCAUUGAGUGUCUAG